AUGCAAUUGAAAGCUGUGCUCCUCUGUCUGGCUGGUGCCGCGGCUCUGGUAAGCGCGAAGCAGCCGCCCAAGGACUUGCUGAUUGGUGUGACGUACCGACCGGAGUCGUGUCCUAUUAAGGCGCAGGACGGCGAUGAAGUGUUCAUGCACUACACGGGCCGCCUGUGGGACGGAACCCAGUUCGAUUCUUCCCACGAACGUGGCAAGCCUCUGAGUCUGACUCUUGGAGCUGGUAUGGUCAUUGCUGGCUGGGAACGUGGCCUAAGGGACAUGUGCAUCGGUGAGAAGCGUAAGCUGCAAAUUCCACCGCACCUCGGCUACGGCGACAUGAGUAUGGGCGACAUAAUCCCUGCUGGCUCGACGCUCGUAUUCGAUGUCGAGCUGGUCGACAUUGAUGGAAAGCGCGUGCGUGCUAUCCGCGAGCCGCGCAAUGAAUUGUAG